AUGGAGUUGGCGCAUCGGGCACAUUGGGCGAUCAAGACAGUCAACGCGGAUUACGAUGAGGCGGGUAAGUUGAGAAAGUUGCAAUUGAGCGAGAUAGAAGAGAUUCGAGAUGAGGCGUAUGAAUGUGCAUCGGCCUAUAAAGAUAAACUCAAGAAAGUGCAUGAUGCAAAAUUGAGAAAGAAAACAUUUGAAGUGGGGCAGAAAGUUUGGUUGUAUAACUCACAAUUGAAGAUGUUCGCGGGCAAGCUUAAAAGCAAAUGGAUGGGUCCGUAUGUCAUUCGGAGAGUUGGGCAAUUUGGUGAUGUAGACAUCCAAGACGAGCAAACAUUGAAACAACAAACGAUUGGGCAUUACGGUAAAACUCUACUGAAUUACGGUGAGAUUUCAGGUUCAGUUUUUACCGUAAAUUACGGUCAUACCGAAAUGGCUAAGACAAAAGAACAAGCGGGAUCAAGUUCAUCUUCAUCGAAAGGCAAAGGCAAACAAAAGGAACAACCACCGUGA